AUGAUGGGGAUACGGGCAUUUUUGAUUGCUGUGCUAGGGGCUCUUCUGCUUCUGCAUUUCCUGAAACAACGUUGGUCACGCAGACACUACCCUCCUGGACCUCUUUCACUUCCUCUCAUUGGAAACAUAUGGCGGAUGGGAUUUAGAUUUACUGACGAUACUCUCUUGAAGCUGGCAAAGCAAUAUGGAAGCAUUUUCACUCUAUGGCUAGGAUAUCAACCUUUGAUAGUUAUGUCUGGAUACCAAGCUGUGAAAGAAGCACUGAUCGACCAUUCAGAUGAAUUUGCUGACCGACCAGUAACUUCUUACAUUAAAUUUAUAGGAAAAAAUAAAGGUAUUGUACUUUCAAACGGUCACACCUGGAAGCAGCAGAGACGGUUUGGUCUAGUUACUCUGAGGAAACUAGGACUGGGGAAGACCGGUUUGGAGCACAGAGUAGAAGAGGAGGCCCAGCAGCUUGUGGAGACAUUUGCACGUUCAAAGGGGCAACCACUUGACCCUUCUUUCGCCCUCAACAAUGCAAUUUCCAAUGUGAUAUGUGGUCUGUCUUUUGGACACCGUUUUUCUCUUGAAGAUAAAGAAUUCCAGAAACUGAUUGAAGCCAUCCAUGAUUCCUUAGCAGUUUCAACCACCUCCUCUUAUCUUCUGUAUGAAAUCUUCCCAUCUAUCAUGAAACAUCUUCCAGGUCCUCACCAAAAGGCAUUUUCUGCCAGAGAUACAGUGCUUUCACUUGCAAAGAAGGGAAUAGAGGAACAUAAGGUGCAAAAGUCCUUUCAUGACCCACAGGACUACAUUGAUUUCUAUCUUCUUAAGAUGGAGAAACAUCAGAGGAAGAAUGAGCCCAACUCUACCUACAAUGACGAGAACCUGGCUCAGAGUAUUCACGACUUAUUCAUCGCUGGAACAGACACAGCUGCCACUACUAUGCAAUGGGCAUUGCUCCUCCUGACAAAUCAUCCAGAUGUUCAAGAUAAAGCCUACAAGGAGAUUGAAGAUGUUUUAAGUUCUUCUAGUUCAAUCUGCUAUCAAGAUAAGAAGAAGCUUCCCUACGUUAAUGCCGUAAUUCACGAGAUCCAGCGUUCAAAAUAUGUCUUAUAUUUUGGGAUCCCAAGACAAUCGACAAAGGAUGUGAAAAUAAAUGGUUUGACCAUUCCCAAGGGGGUCACGGUUUUUCCAGAUCUGCGCUCUGUUCUUGUCGAUCCUGAGCACUGGGAGACUCCUGAAAAGUUCAACCCAAAUCAUUUUUUGGACAAGGAUGGAAAUUUUGUGGCUAGAGAAGAAUUUCUGGCAUUUGGUGCAGGGGCUCGAGUGUGUUUGGGGGAACUGCUGGCAAAGGUUGACCUCUUCAUCUUUUUAACCUGCCUGCUGAGGAACUUCAAGUUUCAGCUGCCAGAAGGAGUGAAAGAACUCAAUGAAGAACCUAUAACAGGGGUGACAAGACAUCCUCAUCCCUAUAAAAUCUGUGCUAUUCCCCGCUGUAGCUCUUCACAAAGCUAACAGAAAUAAUUAUGAUGUAGUAUUUCUGU